AAAUCUUAACCCUUUUUUAGGGAAAGUGCUGAGGUGUCCUUCGCCGGUGGAGGGUGUGUCCGCUGAAGGUUCUGAUUUCGCUUUUGAUUUCGGGGACGUUGCCCCCCCUCUCAUUCGUCUGUGGAAGCUCAAGCACUAUUGUUGAUCAAGAUGACACCUGUCUGCCCUUUUGUCAAAGCUGCUCGUCCUGAUGAUGCCACUUCAAGGAAACCUAAUGAAUGCCCACAUAAGCACCAGUUGGAGCUUGAAGGCAAGGGCAAAAAGGAUUCUGGUGAUUCUGCCAGCACGAAAAAGGAUUCUGUUGAUGCUGCCAGCAUUUCACCGAAGUGUCCCUUUGGAUAUGAUUCUCAAACUUUUAAGCUGGGUCCUCUCAGCUGUAUGAUAUGCCAAGCGCUUCUCUUUGAAAGCAGCAAAUGUGUGCCUUGUUCCCAUGUAUAUUGCAAGGCAUGUAUAUCACGUUAUAAAGAUUGCCCAUUAUGUGGAGCUGACAUUGAGAAGAUUGAAGCUGAUAUGAAUCUUCAGAAUACAGUUGAUCGCUUUAUUGAAGGUCAUGGUAGAAUAAAGAGGCCUCAUGUUAAUACAGACUCAGAGGAAGUAGUGGGUGAUGAUAAAACAGUGAUAUAUGAGGAUGUGUCUUUGGAGAGAGGUGCAUUCUUGGUGCAACACGCGAUGAGGGCAUUUCGUGCUAAUAAUGUUGAAAGUGCAAAAUCAAGGCUUAGUAUAUGUGCAGAAGAUAUCCGUGGUCAGUUGGAAAAACUGGGCAACACAUCUGAAUUGUGUUCACAACUAGGAGCAGUUCUAGGUAUGCUUGGGGACUGCUGUCGAGCAACAGGAGAUGCUGAUUCAGCAGUCACAUAUUUUGAAGAGAGUGUUGAUUUCCUCAGAAAAUUGCCAGCAGAUGAUCUGGAGAUCACACAUACCCUUUCUGUCUCACUCAAUAAAAUUGGAGAUCUCAAAUAUUAUGAUGGGGACCUUGAAGCUGCAAGAUCUUACUAUUCCCAAUCUUUGGAUGUUCGUCGCAAUGCAAUUAAGGAUCGUUCAAAUGUUCCAUCACAGAUUCUAGAUGUGGCAGUUUCCCUUGCAAAAGUUGCUGAUGUGAACAGGAAUGUUGGAAAUGAGGAUGUGGCCAUUAAUGGAUUUGAAGAAGCCAUAAAAUUGUUGGAAUCUUUGACAUUAAGUUCUGAAGAAGCUGGUCUUGAGCAACGGCGCCUUUCAGUGAUGGAGUUCCUGAACAACCAGAUAGCAGAAAAGACAACCUGAUUCAGCUCUCUGAGGUCAGGGUGGUUGUCAAACUUGCAGGUAGGGGUGGAGCAUGAACGAACACUAGUUUUCUUGUUUAAUUCUGGGAAAUUAGCUCCUUUGGCUGGGUGGGCAUUGAUCAAUGUCCCUGCACACAACAUAUAUAUAUUCAUAUACAUUUCCGGAGCUUCAGGAUCUAAUUCAAAUGUAGUGUUAUUUCCUCAGUUUCUUAAGACCCUCUUCAAACAGCUGACGGCAAUAUAACAACCAAUGUAAAUUGUUGUGUUUUUUUUUCUUUGCUUGCUAAUAAGAUGGAUUAUUUGCUGAAAUAAACGAUGUGAUGUUGUAAUGCAUUUGAUUCUGUGUAUGAAUAUAUAUGCCUAUCAAAAUUCAUGUCUAGUUGUAAA